AUGGCGUCACUUGAUAGCUACAACGUCGGCGACUAUGUCCCAAGCCACUUCGAUGUCGGCUUUGUGGCUGCCUCCUACUUCUCCAGUCUCUGCGGAUGUCUUCUUACGGUGGAGAUGCUGCAUCGCAGAGGUACGGCACUUGGCAACUGGCGUAGUUGGUUUGAGACGUUGGGUUGCGCAACAUGUAUGGGUCUGGUGGGCAUUUGGUGCAUGCACUUUAUCGGCAAUCGAGCGAUUGUCCUUGGAGAUGGCAGCUGGUCGAUGCAACUGGUAUACAACUCUGGCUUCACCACCCUUUCCGUCUUCCUCCCGAUCAUCGGCCUCACCCUAUCGUUCUCUGCAGCCGAGUAUCCUACCCAAUCCGUGGUACUGCACUGGUUCCUCCUAGUCUGCACCGGAGUCUUCGCCGGUCUUUCCGUUGUUGGCAUGCACUACAUCGGCAACUUUGGCAUAACCAACUACACACCUGAAUACGUACCGCGCUAUCUCGCCGCUUCGAUCAUCAUCUCAAUUGGCGACUGCAUGCUGGUGCUUGUUCUCUUCUAUACUUUGCGGGAGCAAUGGAUCAGUUCAUGGUGGAAGCGGCUGUCAUGCGCGUGCUUACUAGCUGGGGGUGUGUCAGCCAUGCAUUUCACAGCAUCAACGAAUUGCCUGUACAUCUACAAAGGCGACCAGAACUCGACCGGUGCGAUUAUGUCUCGCAACGUGCAAGUUGCGGUCGCCGGAGGUUUAUCUGCCGCAGCCGCUCUGACCAUCAUUGGAGUCCUGCUGUUCUCAAGACACCGCACCGGAGUGCUGAAGACUAGAUCUCGGAAAGUCAUGCUGGCCUGCGCAAUGUUUGAUCAAGAUGGCAGGAUCCUGGUCACCACCGAAGGGGUCCUGCCAGCACGGGAGAUUACAGAUAAAUAUCAGCACCGCACAUUCAACGAGGAUUUCGACACUGCACAUCCUGUCUUCCAAUGGAUAUACCGGGUGACUCGGAGCUGGACGACUGUUAGUGAGCUGAUACCGCAGAUGAAGAACCACCUCGCUGCUCAUAGUGUGGACAGCGAGGAAGAUUCGAAGCCGAUCAGCUCCUCUUCGUCUGCGCGUUACGAUCCCGAGGCAUUUAGUGACUACUCGAUCAUCUUUCGGGAGCAAUUUUGCUGUGCAGCUGCAAGUCUGGCAGCAGCUAUGCACAUCCCCACGGAGCGCAUAGGUGUUCUAUACGAUAAGAUCAUUGAAACUGGUACUAUCCGUGCUGAAGACCGGCAUGGGCGUCGGACACAACCAGACACGCUGGAUCUCGAGUCUGGCAAAUCCGUGAAGAUAUUUGGCCGAGGCCAAGCGCUGUUCAUCACUCGGCAGCUGAAUGGGGAAGACGCGGACAAGUUGCUGAACGCAGGUUUCCGGUUCGGCAGUGUGCAGCAGGUUGGGCGUAACAUUGCACAGAUGAUGCAGAUCCCGCUGCCGGCACUAGAAUAUCAUCUGGGUGGCCUGCGGAGAUAUGCGGACAAGCUAGAGACUCUGGAGAAGCCUGGAACCUGGCUCAGCUUCUUUGGCCUGAUACCACGACCCAACAGCAAAGGCUUCGAUGUGGGCGUCAAGAAGGACGAUCAGGAUCAGUUACCAGACAUGCAAAUCUUGACGAUGGAACCACAGCAAUGGCAGACGGAAUUUCUGCAGCGUCUGGAUGGAUUGCGGACACGACCGUUCAUGUCCUUCCUCGAAGAUCGUAGUAACGUGGACAAAGAGCGAGGGCCUCGAGAACAGGAGUUUGCAUCAUCUCUACUGAAGGCCGUCGUCAUACUAGGCCGGACAGUGCCCACUGACUGGUUUCGCGAAGCUCGUUUCCUCGCCCGACCGGUCUUUGGACACUACUCCCAGGGUCGUAAGAAUCGAGCUGUAGUAACCUGGAUCUUCGCUUUCUGUGUGAUAGCAGAUAUGCACACCUCACUGGAGUCUUGUGAUGGUAUAGCUCGUGUACCAUUGACGUUCUUCAGCUCGAGGCAGCGCUGCUAUUCAGGCUCACCGGAUCACAGCAUCUUGGCGCAGGAAAUCCACCAAGAGUUCAGCCCGCUGCUUUCUCGACGAAUGGCAAUGCCCAGUCGUGACCGGAAGCGUCGAGUGCCGCUUCAUAGAAAGAGGACGACUAGCAAUAUCGGCUCCACAUACAUACCACGCGACUUCACAUCUCGCCGAAGCAGUCUCGUGCAAAGCGAGAGCGAUUCCGUCCACGAGCUCGUCAACCGACCGUCGAAAAGGACUCUAGGUCCAAAUAUUCGAGAAGAAGAAAUACAGGAAGCGGAACAAGGCAACUUCUGGGGCGGCAUCCUAGUCAAUAGCGAAACAGUCGUUAAGAGCGAUAGUAAAAGCGACUACAGCACCGAAAGCAAACAGCAAGGUCUGGGUAUGAAAGUGGCUGUUGGAACCGCGAAGCAGGAGGAUACGUUCGUGGACGAGCUGAUGGAGGUGACGAGGACACAGUUCAUGGCGCCUAGGACGGGAUACUAA